AUGGCACAAGUGGAGUUUGUGCCUGUAAUAGAUAAAAGAAAAGCAGACAUUCAACUAAAACAAGAUUCCUCCAGCAACAAAACAGACCAUUCUAUAUUGAGGCCUCAUUUGCUACGAACACCUGAAUACUGCUGGUGUGAUGAAGAUGCUAUGGCACAAUAUUCUCUGGGCAUUGAGCAACCUCUAUAUGUCAUUGAGGUUACAGUUCAUCCCUACCCAAGUAAACUUGUUGAGAUUUGGGACAAUGCGUACCAUCUGGACAUACACCCAGUUCAUGAAGAUGAAGAAGGCAAUUGCUAUUUUCGUAGGCAAGCAAGUCUCGUACAGUUGAAAGAUGAAGUUCGCCUGGCAAAAGCACUUCAUGUGAAUUUAACUUGAAGAAAAAUUGAGAAACAUGAAAUAAUUUUUCUUCAGAUUCUUCCAGAAGAAAAGUCUACAAACAUUGCA